UCACCCCACCAUAACGGGCGGCACUGGGGCACACAUCGACACACCCAGCAACGGACGAAAGGUGGAUGCAUCCUCAAACGAAGGCCCAUCCUGGGCCCAUCGGCGGCCGACUCUGCGCACCUGCGCGUGCGCCCCCCAGUGAUUCGCCGGCAGACCUCAUCCACGGCGCUGCGAGGACCAUACUAGGGACGAUAAGUGGGGGCCGCCGCCGAUGAAGGACGGCUGGAUGCUUGGACGAAUGAACGGACGGACGGACCGAUCGGCGGACGGAUGGGGGGUGGAUGGAGUGAGCUGUGCACCGAAUGCAGCACCCCAAUUUUGCCCCAAUUGCAGCAUCCCGACUCGGAGAACUUGGGGGCUGGUCCGGGGAGGCUGAGAACGGCCGCGACUUGACGCACCCCACUGCCAGCGCACACCCUUGGACGGCAACGCACCUACAGUCAUCACAGUCUCAAUGGAAGCGUCAAAUGCACCCUUCCGUCGCGCAGCCCAUUACCGCAUAUGGUUUCCCUUCCCAAUUGUCCCUUCCGAGGCGCCUCGGCCGCCGACUAAGCGAGCCUAAAGUUGUUACGCACGACAGACAUUCACGCACAGACAGAUGAUAAACGAAUGCACUCCCCGCGAUGCUGUGCUUGUGCGUGCAGCGUGCUUGCGGCCUACCUCACCGCCACGUGACCGCCACAUCAUCACGGCUGUCGAUGCAUCAUCUGGAGACACCCCCCCGAUGGCCGAUGACC